CGUUUCGGGACUUCUCUAGAACCAGAAGGGGAAACCGUCCCGCACCCACCAACCAGCCGUUCGCCGCUCUCUCUCUCUCUCUCUCUCUACACCCUCCGAUGGCCUCCACCGCCACCGCCGCCCUCUCUCUCCGCCUCUUCGCCGCCAAGCUCCCCUUCCCUCGCCGCCCAUCGAGGCCUCCUCCCCUCCUCCUCUCCCCUCCCUCCUCCGCCAAACCCAUAUCCUUCCAACGGAUCGCCACCGCCCAACCGCCGCCGCCACCGCCACCGCCGCGCGCGUCGUCCUCCCCCUCGCCGGCGCAGCUCCAGCCCAUCGAAGACCUCCCGCCGAACCUCCGGUCCAUCGUCGCCCUCUUCCAGUCCGUGCCCGACCCCAAGUCCAAGUACCAGCAGCUCCUCUUCUACGGUAAGAACCUCAAGCCCCUCGACCAGGCGUUCAAGACCCGGGACAACAAGGUCGAGGGCUGCGUCUCCCAGGUCUGGGUGAGGGCCCUCUUGGAUUCGGAUCGCAACGUCGUCUUCGAGGCCGAUUCCGACUCCGUCCUCACCAAGGGCCUCGCCGCUCUGCUCGUCCAGGGAUUGUCCGGGAGCCCCGCGGACGAGAUUGUCCGGGUCUCCCCGGACUUCGUGACGCUCCUCGGGCUGCAGCAGAGCCUGACUCCGUCGCGGAACAAUGGGUUCCUCAACAUGUUGAAGUUGAUGCAGAAGAAGGCGCUGAUGUUGGCUGCCGGGGCGGAGAGUAAUGGAAAUGGGGCGGUUCCGGCGGGGGAGGCGAAAGAUGUGGGAAUUGGAAUGAAUUCUGAUACGGGUGUUAAUAGGAGUUCAGUCUCGGAGUCAGAUGUCGAUGGUGGCAGGGAAGUUUCGGUGGAAAAAUCGAAUCUUGAGGUGGACGAGGUAGAUAGUGAAUCGAGUUUGGGGAGUAGAGGGCAGAGAAUCAGGGAGAGAUUGGAGAAGGAGCUGAGUCCUAUCGAGUUGCGAGUGGAGGAUGUCUCAUAUCAGCACGCAGGGCAUGCCGGUGUGAGAGGGAGUGAUGGCGAGACGCAUUUUAAUCUGAGAGUGGUGUCGAAGGAGUUUGAAGGAAAGAGCUUGGUGAAGAGGCACCGGCUUAUUUAUGAUCUGUUGCAAGAGGAGCUGCAGAGCGGGCUACAUGCCCUGUCGAUUGUGGCGAAAACGCCUGCUGAAAGUUGAUGCGAGAUGAAUAGGGGAGGUGUAUGUUGACGAAAUGUGGUCAUUUCAUCCCGGAAUCAUGUUUUCCCAAGAAGUCGAAUAAUUUUGUUUUGCUUGAUAGAUGAGGGAUAUUUCUUGUAUAGUUGUUUUGUAAUCUAUUGAAUUGGGAAUGAUUUGAAUUUCAAAUGAUCAACUGCAAAAGUUUUAUGAAGAAUUGCAGAAAAUCACAUUAGUUCC